AUGAAGAAAUAUGGUGUUCACCAUAGAGUGUCGACUCCAUACCAUCCGAUAUUGGAGAAAACAAUUAAUCCGUCAAGGAAGGACUGGAGCAAGAGGCUCGGAGACGCAUUGUGGGCUUACAGAACUGCUUUUAAAACGCCUAUUGGAAUGUCACCUUACAGACUGGUGUUUGGCAAGAUGUGUCACUUACCUGUUGGUAUUGAGCACAAGGCGUACUGGGCAGUGAAAGAACUGAAUAUGAAGCCGAUAGCUUGCGAAGAAGAGAGGAAGUUACAAUUGCAAGAAUUGGAGGAACUUCGGCUGGAGUCAUUUGAGUCUGCCAUGUGGACAUGGUCAAGGGAAUCAGCUAGAGAAGAAUCUGAAGGGAGAAGUCAAGGGAAGCCUGGAGGAAGGGGUCAAUGA